UCGCAUUUGACUUAAACUCUAAGAUUAGUGUUUGGGGUGUGCGCAUUCUGCCAAACCCAAACUCCCAAUUUUCCCCUUCAAUUCUCAUUCCUUUCCUCUGUCCCCUGCAUUAAUCAAUCACACAGUGACUUUCAUCAGAGAGCGACACGCACUGAGAGAGAGAGAGAGAGAGAGAGAGAGAGAGAGAGAGAGAGACGUAUAUAUAUGUAUGUAUCUUCGUGGCUGUGGGAUUUUAUUGGAAAACAAUCUUGUACAGAGGGGAGGCUGCCGGUCAUGUUUUGAUACUUUUCUUGCUCACAAAAAAAAAGCCCUUUUGUUUUCCGACAUAUAAAAAGGAUUUCUUCCUCUUUCAGCCCUUUCCAUUUCAUCUGGUGGUAAAGCGAAACCAUGCACUGCUAAAGGGGAGACGUUUGUUCUUUUUUUGGGUCUAGUUUUUUUUUUUUGUGUUCUUGUUUUUGGGGACUAGUUUUGGGUUUUCAGUUUUUUUGUUUUUGGGAGACGAAGAAUUUCAGGGAUGAAGAAGGAAGAUCAAGCCAGGUCUCUCCUGGGAAUAUCUCUGACUGAUAGACCCACUUGGCAGCAGUUCUUGAUUUGUUCUUCUGGGUUCUUCUUUGGCUAUCUUGUCAAUGGAAUUUGUGAGGAGUAUGUAUAUAAUCGGCUUAAUUUCAGCUAUGGCUGGUAUUUUACCUUUGUACAAGGCUUUGUUUACCUGGCCUUAAUCUAUUUACAGGGCUUCACCAUCAAACAAAUGGUGAACCCUUGGAAGACUUACGGCAGGCUCUCGGCGGUCCUUAUGGGUUCCCACGGACUAACCAAGGGAUCAUUGGCUUAUCUGAAUUAUCCGGCGCAGAUCAUGUUUAAGUCCACCAAGGUUCUGCCGGUUAUGGUGAUGGGCGCGUUCAUCCCUGGUUUGAGGAGAAAAUACCCUUUGCACGAGUACAUAUCUGCAUUGCUCUUGGUUGUGGGCUUGAUUCUUUUCACCUUGGCAGAUGCCAAUUCUUCUCCGAAUUUUAGUGUCGUCGGGAUUGUGAUGAUUGUGGGAGCCCUCUUCAUGGAUUCUUUUGUCGGCAACUUUCAAGAAGCGAUCUUUACUACGAAUCCGGAGACAACUCAGACGGAGAUGCUGUUUUGUUCGACUGUGGUUGGUUUGCCAAUGCUGUUGUUGCCCAUGAUCUUGACGGGGGAGUUAUUCACCGCUUGGAAUUCUUGCGCCGAGCAUCCUUAUGUCUACGGCGUGCUGGUCUUUGAAGCAAUGGCUACAUUCGUCGGCCAAGUCUCUGUUUUGUCACUUAUUGCCCUGUUCGGUGCAGCCACGACUGCCAUGGUGACGACAGCGAGAAAGGCGGUGACUUUGCUGCUGUCGUAUAUAAUUUUUACGAAGCCGCUAACAGAGCAACACGGGUCGGGACUGCUGCUCAUAGCCAUGGGAAUCAUUUUAAAGCUCGUGCUCGAUAGUAAACCACCGGCUCGAGCAGUUGCAGGGAACCCGAGCACGAGCAGCAGCACGCCUACACCGAUGAGGUUUCGACGGACAGAAGAACACAUAAUGAAGCAAAAUGGAGACCGGGAAGAAGAUGAAGAGAAGAACCCUUUAGUCUAAAUCGAAAAAAGCUUUGGCUAGAAUGAAUAUAUAGAAUUCAUUUGUAUGUUCUUUUUGAAUUUCUGCAAUGGCUCACUCAAGGAAUUGGAAUAAGAUGUAGGCAGGGCAGUGUCUAAUCCAUGUAAUUGAUUUCUUCA